AUGCCGAAUCACAAAUCGUCCAGAGGGGCUCAAUUGGGUGAAGCCAUGUCGAAUUCGAAGCCUGGGGUCGACCAGGAGUCGUGUUCGAGAUCGAUCAGCGAGACUGUCAAUGGGUCUCACCGGUUCACGAUAAAGGGGUAUUCUUUGGCCAAAGGGAUGGGUGCCGGAAAGUACAUAAUGAGCGAUACGUUUACGGUGGGUGGCUACGAUUGGGCAAUUUACUUCUACCCCGACGGCAAAAAUCCUGAGGAUAGUUCCACGUACGUCUCCGUUUUCAUUGCUCUGGUCAGUGAGGGUACGGAUGUCAGGGCUUUGUUCGAGCUGACUUUGGUGGACCAGACCAAGAGUGGGAAGGACAAGGUGCAUAGCCACUUUGAUCGUGCGCUCGAGAGCGGGCCGUACACGUUGAAGUACAGAGGCAGCAUGUGGGGUUACAAGAGAUUUUUCAAAAGAUCAGCCCUCGAAACUUCUGAGUUUCUAAGGGAUGAUUGCCUUGUAUUGAACUGCACUGUUGGAGUUGUCAGAACUCGCCUUGAGCGACCAAAACAAUUUUCAAUUACUGUACCAUCAUCAGACAUGGGUCGAGAUCUUAAGGACUUUCUAGACUCUGAAGCUGGUUGUGACAUAGUUUUUCAGGUUGGCGAUGAAUUGUUUAAAGCUCACAAGUUGAUACUUGCUGCCCGUUCUCCUGUAUUUAGAGCACAGUUUUUUGGACUUGUCGGGGAUUGUAGCAUAGAUAAAGUAGUUGUGAAGGAUGUUGAGCCCUUUAUCUUCAAGGCAAUGCUUCUGUUUAUUUACACGGACAAACUUCCUGAUGUACACGAAGUUAUGGGCUCAUCACCAUUGUGCACAUUCACUGUCAUGGUGCAGCAUCUUUUGGCUGCUGCGGACCUGUAUAAUCUAGAACGACUGAAAGUAUUGUGCGAAUCAAAGUUGUGUGAAGAAAUCACUACUGAAACAGUUGCGACCACACUUGCUCUUGCUGAACAACAUCACUGCCCGCAGCUCAAGGCUGUGUGCUUAAAAUUUGCAGCAAAUCCUGCAAACUUAGGAGCUGUGAUGCAAUCAGAUGGGUACAAGCAUCUAGAAGAGAGCUGCCCCUCAAUGUUGCUGGAGUUGCUAGAGACAUUUGCAGCAGUGGAUGAGAGUUCAAGUCUUUUGUCAAGUAGGAAGAGGAGUGGCAGCAGCAUAUAUGGGCUAGACUUGCCAGCAGAUGGUGGCGGGGCUGUAGCAGAAUCAGCAAAUCCCAAUGGAAGGCGUGUGAGGCGGCGGUAUUAG